UGGAGAGGAGCAACGGGCUAUAACUUAGCAAAAAUACGCUCCCGCGUCGAAGUUUUUGUUUUAGCAUCGCGAGUUUUAUAGCACCUGCAAUCCAUAUUUUUUUGUUGUUGUUAAGAUAUAUUAAAAAAAGUAAAAAAAGACAUAGUGCAGUUUAUUUCCAAUAAGAAUGUCUCUUCAGCUGUUAGGUUCAGUAAACUAUCGCAAACAACUGAAGAUUGAACCUUGGAACGAACAGUCGUCAAAAAUAAAUACUAUAUAAUUCGAUGCAAAUAGUUAAAUUAGUAGCUAAGAAGAAAUUUCUGAAAUAAAAAUUUGGUAUACUUCGUUUUUAAUGAAGGUUUUUUGGUUGUUUCUGCUGAUUGGUGUUUUUCAAGGCAUUAACUCUAUAAAAGAAAACCUUAAAUGGGUUAGAGUAAACGUACCUCAGUACAGAGUUCCAGGCGAAACAGCUCUGCUGCAAUGCGAAUAUAAUUUAGGAAAUGAUAAAUUAUAUUCUGUAAAGUGGUACAAGGACCACGAAGAGUUUUAUCGGUUUGUGCCAAAAUUCAAACCUCAGACAACUUCUUAUAAAGUGGAAGGAGUUCAUGUUGAUAUGUAUAAGUCUGACAGCAAAAAAGUUGUGCUACACUCAGUCAAUUGGAAGACCAGUGGGACUUACAAAUGUGAAGUAUCAGCUGAAGCGCCAUCUUUUGCCAGUGCACAAAGUGAAGCGAAGAUGGAAGUAGUUACUCUCCCGCAUGAGGAUCCCGUCAUAAAAGGAGUAAAAGAUCAAUAUAGCAUAGGAGAUGAAAUAGUCCUUAACUGUACUUCCGGAAGAAGUAGACCUGCCUCGAUUCUGCACUGGUAUAUUAAUGAACAGCAGAUACAAAAGCCAGAAGCACUUAUACAAUAUCCAAUAGAGAUUCAUCCUAAAGGUCUAGUUACGUCAACACUAGGCUUAAAAUUCCAUCUGAGUAAUCGGCAUUUUUUGGGAGGUUCUAUGAGAGUGAAAUGCGUAGCUUCAAUUCUCCCUACUCUAUUUGGCGAUGAAAGAGAAUCAGAUGUUCAGAGCUUACCCAUUAUGAGAGAUAUGAGAGAGGCCUUGUUAUUAGUACGGAGUUCAUCUUCACAUCAUACGGAUCCCAUGGUGUAUAUAUUACUAUUAGGUAUAAUUUUUUCUUCUGUUUUUUCAACAUAUAUGAAGUAAAUUCUUAAAAAAAUAGAAGAAAUAAAAAUUAUUAAAUUAUUAUUUUUCAUUUGUUAGACAAUCUAGAAAAAAAUUUGGUCAUGUAUAAUAAAAAAAAGUAAAGAUUUCAGUAAUUGUGAUAAGUAAAUAAGAAAAGCGAGUGCUGUAAAAACUUAUUAUAUAUAUUUGAUCAACAAAAAAUAUAUUAUGGCUAAAUGUCCCGGCUGACAUAGAGAUAAUAUUAUUAUUAUAUUUAUUUUUUUUUGUUUUACAUGUAUAUUUAAAAUAUUACAUAGAAAUGUAAAAUUUAAUGUAUAUAAAUCUGUGUAAAAUAAAAUACUGAUAAAGUAAAUUUAAAUGUAUAAAACUUUUUUUGCUAAUCCUUAAGUCACCUAAAUUAGUAUCAUCAGUAGUUUAAUUUUUAGUUUUUAUACUUUUUUUAGAAUUGUACUAAAAAUGUAUUUAAAUAUAUUAGAAAUUAUAUAUUUCUUUGAAAUUUAAGUACCGGAAUUUCGGAAAUAAUAGAAAAUACUUAAAUAGGCAAAGAGUUACAGUUUUGCAAGUUCUACUGAAAAAAGAGGUUAUAUUACUUUUUAUUUAGCUUCUACAAAAUUUACCAGUCCUUAAUUUAUCACCAUCCUUAUCAAUGCAAAAGGUAACUUUUCUUCUACAACCAUUAAUUUGUAGAUUUCUUUCAAAGCUUUGUAAUGGUAGUAAAGCCCUUAUAUGAAAAAGUUUUAAAAAGCUAUUUUAUUAAAAGUUUUAACACUAGUAUAGAUUAAAAUAACUAUAUAUACAGCGUGUUUUAUUGGUAAAAAGACAUAGUCUUAACACAAAUCAAAGUUAUACAGAAGCUGUCAACCAAAAGUCAGAGUGAUUUAUCAAACCCGUUUUACGUAAUUCAUUACAAGCAUUAUCUAUUUUAUGGAAAAGUUGAUCCUGACUUUUAAGAUCUGCGCUAUAAACUGAAUUUUAGAUGUCCAUAAAGUCGAUAGGAAUAAAAUCAGAUCAUCGAGAAGGCCAUUAACUAGAACCAUAUUAUCCGAUAAUUUUAACAUACAUUUUUAGAAAAUGACAUUUCAUAAUUAAUUAAAAUAAAAAAAAAUAUAUAUAUAGUUAUAAGGGCGCUGGAUCCAUAAUUUUUUUGGAAUCUUUUGUAUAACUGCUAUUUGCGUUUAAAAUAUGUCUCUUUUCCAAUAAAACACCCAGUAUACAAAAAAUAUAUUCGAAUCCUAAAUUUGGUGUUGUUUCCAAAAUCCGUGUACUCAACACCAAAAGAAAUAUACUAUUUUUUAAGUUACUAUUUUCUAAUAAACUUUCUUCUA